AUGACGUCCUCUCCACUUUCAUCACCAUCGCAAAUCUUCAACAUGGACUACCAAGAUGCUCUCGCCCUUCUCGUUACCAUUCGCGAUAUGGCAAUCGUUCAAUUCCACCGGAUACCGGGUUCUGCCAUCUUGACCCGGUACAUCAAGAUGUCGUACCAGCAUGAUCCGGCACGAUCCGUGAUUGAGCUUUGCCUGGUUAUUUUUGCGAUACAGUAUCUGUUGGCGCCGAAAUACUCGACCCAAAAGAAGAAUUUUGUUAAGCUUCGGCCUGAUGAAGUUGAUGAAUUAAUCGAGGAUUGGACGCCGGAACCACUAGUCGCCCCUCUUACAGAGUUCGAGCAGGAACAGAUCGACAAGACGCCUGUUAUUGCAGGACCUACCGGCACAAAAGUUAAACUCACCAACGGACGAACCGUCACCAAUCUGGCUUCUACCAACUUCUUCAAUCUUGCAAACCAACCUGCCCUAGCCGAAUCUGCUAUUACUACUCUUCGAACUUAUGGUGUCGGCCCCUGUGGACCCCCUGGAUUUUACGGUACCCAAGAUGUGCAUGUGGACUGCGAACAGGAUAUUGCUGAGUUUAUCGGAUCCGAGGCUUGCAUUAUAUACGCUCAAGCAUUCAGUACCAUCAGUGCCGUGAUUCCAGCUUUUGCGAAGCGAGGGGAUAUCAUUGUUGUCGAUGAAAAGGUUAACUUUGCUACCCAAAAGGCUUUGCAACUUAGCAGAAGUACAAUUAGAUGGUAUAAGCACAACGACAUGGACGAUCUCGAGAAGGUGUUGAAGAAAGUCGAGAGGGAGUUCAGAGGACGGGAGUUGACUCGAAGGUUUAUCGUCACUGAGGCUUUGUUCGAAGAUGGUGGCGAUGUUGCCGAUUUGGGCACAAUUGUGAAACUCAAGUUCCAGUACAAGUACCGCCUUAUCCUCGACGAAACAAACUCCUUCGGUGUUGUUGGUGAAACUGGUCGCGGCCUUACGGAAUACUACAACUUACCUGCCACCGAUGUCGAUAUGAUUGUUGGUACCCUUGCCACUACGUUCGUUGGAGGUGGUGGUUUCUGCUGUGGAUCCAAGGAAAUUGUUCACCACCAACGUAUCUCCGGUCUUGCCUAUGUCUUCUCUGCCGCUUUACCUGCAAUGCUUGCCACCACCGUUUCUGAGAUUAUUAAGAUGCUCCGAGAGAACCCGGAGAAUUUCAUUACCCCACUCCGCGAGAAUAUCAAGACGUUCCAUGCUGCUUUGGCUAAGACCGAUACAUUGACCAUUACCUCUUCGCUCAUCAACCCGACCAUCUCUAUUCAGUUGAAUGGAAAACGAGAAAUGAGCAAUGAUGAACAGGAUCGGUUGGCUCAGGAUGUUGUUGAUGAGUGUCUUGCCAACGGAGUUCUAGUUACCAGAGUGAAGAGGAUAGCUUUGCCAGCAGGCAUGUCCAAGGGUCCAAAAUGGUUCGGCUGGAAUCCAGCCAUGGUGGUUAAGGUUUAUGUAUCAUCUGGAUUUAGUAAGAAGGAUUGUGAGAAAGCGGGAAGUGUAAUCCGAUCAGCCGUUACCAAAGUUGUCGGAAAGAAGAGGUAG